ACAUCAGGAAUUACAUGUGCCUGUGUAGAUAGUAGGCCUGGAUAUUUGUAUUACAAAAACAACUCUACAAAUCUCUAUUCUAAGGCAAGCUUUCACCUGUUAUGCACUAUGCAGGUGAUCAGUGGUAGUUGUAGUUCUACCUAUUCGAUGUCUACCGGAACUAGAAUCAUCGCGUUUCGUCAGUGGAAUGACGUAAUUCAGAUUAGAGUAGCUAUUUAUUUUUAUUAGCUCUUUGGCUAACUAGCUAGUUAGUGUCCCCCCUCCUUCAGUCUUGCCCAGACGUCCUGCAUCGCAAGGGGGAUAAAGUGAUCUGUCCCCAGCUUGCCCUGUCUUGUCCAUCUCCGCGUGUGUGUUUGUUGCAUUUCCUGGUGUCGAGGAUCAUAACCCAGCUGUUCUGUUCUGGAGAAGCAGAGGAGCCAAUGAAUUGGAAAUACAACGGGCAGGACUACUGCAUUCAAACACAGUCGGGGAAACGAAACGGACAGUGCUGAAGAUCCUGAAAGUACCAGCGCAGGAUCCGAUUUACUGAAAGGAUGAGAGAAUGUCAUGGAUGACAGUUUACAUGGAUUACGUGUCUUCUUGUUAAAAGCAACACUCCAACAACCAGCAGGGUUGCUAGUUGACCAGAUGCCAAGUGAGGGCUGGUUAGCUACGUUAUUUAGCAAGCUACAUUAAUUGGAAUUGGAUUCGCAACCUCUACGCCUUGCUAACCAGUAUUUCAGAAGAUCAUUCUGUAAUGUUUCACUUGGGAAACAUUCCAGUAUUUUGAUUACGAUUUAGUGUACCAUGGCAUAACGGAUACGAGGACGACCCUCAUCUGAUUAACAACUGCUGUAUUGUCGGGUAUUUUGCUGGUAAGGCAACCAACAAAUCGAUUCACUGUAACCGAGAAUUCCCACAAACGACUGCUGGAUUUGUAUUUUUGUGUCUUGUUCAAAGUAUCAAACAAAAGCGAAUGCUACUGUAAAAGGCUACCCUCUGUCGAAUUCGAAGAAUCAAACGCUGGUCAUCUUGUAGCCUGAAACAGAUGUGCUAUUUUGCAGGCUUGUGCUGAUAUUUGGCUGAUUUUAGCAUAUCAACGUGCAAUACGGAAAAAGACAAUGUGUGAUUAGCUCCUCAUAUCUCUUGCAGCAGCUCGUGAGCUGUCGGUUCAUUCUUUGCACCUAAGGAACUGUCAGCACUACUCAGCUUAACAGCCUUUCAGCCUUGUUACAUAAUUGACUCUUUGAGUUUACAGCACCUCAGCUGGGAAAAUGAAGAAGUUUUUUGAUUCACGGAGGGAAUUAGUCAACUCUGGGCCUGGAUCCGGAGGAGGUGGAGGUGGCACUGGAUCCAGCAGUGGUGGCAGCUACAUCGGACGGGUUUUCACCAUAGGACGCUACCAGGUCACGGUGGAGGAGACCGUGGCUGAGGGUGGUUUUGCCAUCGUGUUCGUGGCGCGGACACACCAGGGGGUGCGCUGUGCCCUCAAGAGGAUGUACGUCAACAAUGAGCACGACCUCCAGGUCUGCAAGCUCGAGAUCCAGAUCAUGAGGGAUCUCGUGGGACACAAGAACAUCGUGGGCUUCUUGGACUCCAGCAUCACGGCUGUGGGAUCAGGAGAUGUGUGGGAGGUGCUGAUCCUCAUGGACUUCUGCCGUGGUGGGCAGGUGGUGAACCUGAUGAACCAGCGCCUUCAGACGGGCUUCACUGAGCAGGAGGUGCUGCAGAUCUUCUGUGACACGUGUGAGGCCGUGGCCCGUCUGCACCAGUGCAAAACUCCCAUCGUCCACCGGGACCUGAAGGUGGAGAACAUCCUACUGCAUGACCGGGGCCACUACGUCCUCUGUGAUUUCGGCAGCGCCACCAACCGCUUCCAGGACCCGCAGGCAGAGGGUGUGCCGCUGGUCGACGAGGAGAUCAAAAAGUACACGACCUUAUCAUACCGUGCACCCGAAAUGGUCAACCUCUAUGGCGAAAAGGUCAUCACCACCAAGGCGGACGUCUGGGCCAUGGGCUGCCUGCUGUAUAAGCUCUGUUACUUCACGCUGCCCUUUGGGGAGAGCCAGGUGGCCAUCUGUGAUGGCAGUUUCACCAUCCCAGACAACUCGCGCUACUCACAGGAUAUGCACUGCCUCAUCCGAUACAUGCUGGAGCCUGACCCUGAACAGAGACCUGAUAUAUACCAGGUGUCCUACUUUGCCUUCAGGCUGGCCCGGCGGGAGUGUCCUGUUCAGAACGUGAACACUUUGCCCAUACCUGCAAAACUCCCCGAGCCAAUCAAAGCCAGUGAAGCGGUCGCAAAAAAAAGCCAGACCAAAACCAGGCUCACAGACCCAAUCCCCACCAUGGAAACCUCCAUCGCUCCGCGGCAACGCCCCAAAGCUGCCCAGGCUCAGCCAAUCGCCGGCAUCCUUCCCAUUCAGCCCGCCCUCACUCCUCGCAAACGAGCCAAUGUGGCACCUGGAACCACCCAGCCCAUCGGUGUGAGUAUCGGCACCACCGCGCCCUCUGCCAGCGUCCAAUCGCAGAAGCCGCAGCCACAGCAGAUGCCGGUCUCCGCGCAGCAAGCCACUCCCACACCAGUGCAGGCCACUCCCUCUCCGCCGCAAGCCAUCUCCCAGCUGUUCGUCAAGCCGUCUCCGGCGGCAACCGCCUUCUUCCUCCCCCCCCAGCAGCAGCAGCAGGGCCGCAUGGUACAUAAGGUAGGUUCUCUGACGCCCCCCAACUCCCCGAAGUCGGCCCCCAAGUCUGGUCACCGGCGUAUCCUGAGUGACGUGACGCACAGCGCCGUGUUCGGUGUUCCUGUCAGCACGUCCACCCAGCUGCUCCAGGCAGCCGCGGCCGGGGCAAGCCUCAACAAGUCCAAGUCAGCCAGCACCACCCCCUCAGGCUCUCCGCGCUCCUCCCAGCAGAGUGUGUACCAGCCUGCGGAUGGCAGCGCUCCCUCUGCUCCCUGUGCCCCCUCCGCCGCCCCAGUGGCACCAGGGCCCCAGUCCUCCUGGAACCCCUUCGGAGACGACAACUUCUCCAAACUCACCGCCGAGGAGCUGCUCAACAAGGACUUUGCCAAGCUAGCUGAUGAUAUCUCUUGCAGUACAGUGUGUGGUCUGAACUCCGUGACUGCUCUUGUCCUAGGCAAGCCCGUGGAGCCCGAGAGCCUCAUCCCUGGCCUGCAGCCUAUGCCCAACGCCCACGGCCCCUCCAAGGGCUUCCCCCAAAGCACAGAGAAGCUGAUUGAGGGGCUGAAAUCCCCAGAGCCCUCUACCUGCGCCUCCUCCUGCUCCGUCCUGCUGCUCCCUGACCUUUCACCCCUCACCCUUGACCCCUUCAGCGCCUCAGCGGAGGCCAACGGCAACGCUGCUAGUGUGGACUCCUUGAUUCCUGGCCUAGAGGCACCCCAGACUCAGAGGCACUCAGAGGCAGCAGCAGCAGCAGCAGCAGCAGCCAGCCUGCCCGAUUUGCAAGGAGAAAGUAAUGGCUACAGUGUGCUUGGGGAGGGAGGAGAGCCCUCUGCCAUGGAGGAUGGUCUUGAUCACUGCCUUCACUCAAGUGAGGAGGAGGAGGAGGAAGAGGAAGAGGAGGAGAUAGAAGAGGAGUCGAGUGAAGAGAGGGAGUUGCGGGUGAUGAGAGAGAUGGAGAUGGAGGCGAGUGCCCACGACCUCAGUGGCUCCCAGCCUCUCCUGCAAGACUCGGACGAGGAAGAUGAGCAGAGCCAACGCCUCGCCCCCUCCCCUACGGUACCCCCUCAACCUGCCCUCUACACCCCGCAGCCCCUCCAGCCCGUAGAUGCCCUCAACCACACCCCUGCUCCGCCCGCCACCCAGCGAGCCUUGCCCCGUGAAGACACCGAUCAGGACACCGACCCUUUUUCUAAAGCCCCGUUCCGGGCUGGACAGGAGGACAGCUGGGGGAGAGAGAUGGACUUGGUAGUGGGGGAGGAAGCAGAUGUGUUCGCCAAGGCCCCCUUCCUCCGACUCCAUGCUCCCUCACACUCCGACGUCUUCCUCCAGGCCCCCUUCGGCAGAAAGAAGGAGCCCUUUACGGGGACACCCCCCCAGUCCAGGACCCCGCCACAGCACAGCCCUCACCUGGUCGCCAUGCCCCCUGGAGGUCACGAGGCAGCCAUCUUUGGCCAGGUGGCCCAACAGCCCUUUCGGCCGCAGGCUCUUGCCAAGUACUCCAGACACUACGAGGCCUCGGCGUCCCUGCAGUCUUCUAGUCUGGCUGCACCCCCAUCGGCCACCACCAAGGUUGCCCCCAACUCCUGGGGCUCUGAAGGGGCCGGGGGAGCUGUUGACCCCUUCAUCUCGGCCCCCUUCCACCUGAGGGGCCCUCAGGAGAAACCCUGAUUGUGCUGCUCCUUGCCUUCAUGCCCCCCUGUCGGCCUCCUACUCCUGAGUGCACUACGCUGAAGCAGACGCUAGAUUCUCCAGACUCCCAACUUCAAGGCUACACUGACUCCUCAUCCAUCUCACACCGUCUCAGUUCAUUUCUCUAUCACCUCAAGGCAAAAGCAGUUCUUUAGCAUGCAUAUAAGAAGAAUAUGCAUAAACAUACAUACAGCCCAGAGUAACUCAGUACCUCCCCUCAGAUAGCCACAGGCUCCAGGGAGGAUCUGAAUCCAUGCCAUAUCCGGGCCUGCUCCACUCCACUCCACAGUCGAUCGCUAUCAGGCUCUCUACCGCCCUCUAGUGUCAAACUGUGUAGCAGCCUCCUGUUUUUAUGCUGUCUGAACAGUCACUCUUUGUGCCUGUCAUGUUGGAUGACAGUGCUUUGCUAUCAGCUGGCUUUUUUCAUAUGAGCCGUCUCAAGCUUCAUGACACUAAUUAAGAUGGGAUGAUGUCACCGUCAUGAAGUUCCACCUCCCCCUGCUGGUACUGACGGGCUGUCUGUCCGUUUGGAGCGUUCUUUCUGCCUACCUCAGCUCACUAGAUGACUGUCAGACAUAAUGAGUAGACACCCAUCCUACAGCGGUGCUUAGCCAGCGUCUAGGUGUUGCAGUCUGGAUCCGUUGAGGGGUUAGUUUCUUUUUUUUCUUUUCAUUGUGUGCCUUAAAUAAAAGAGGGAGAGGGA